CUGACUGGCUCUCUGUCUCCCUGGGCUCCGUCUGUCCAUCCGGCCACCUCACAGCCCUGUCUGUUUGGUCUCAAGUCCACUCUGCCAUGAUGGGACCCAAAGGCAUCUCUUCUUUCCUACUGCUGCUGCUGCUGAGCUCCGUGGUCCAGGGGGCUAGACUCCGUCGGGAGGAGCCCCAGAGUCUCCUGGACAGGGUGCAGGACACUCUGGUAGGCUACCUGGGGACAGUGGGCACCGCAGCCCGAGAGCUGUACGAGAAGGCAAAGAGCACCGGCCUGAAUGAGAAGAUUAGGGACGUCUACAGUAAGAGCACAGCGGCCAUGUCCACCUACACCGGUAUCCUGACAGACCAGGUCUACCACUUGUGGGUUGGGGAAGAGUGAUGCCCCCGGGACCACCCCCCUUCCCCGCCCACCUCACCCUCCAUGGAAGGAGCCCUGGAAUCCACCCCAAUAAAGCAAACUCCUCGACCUGUC